AUUCAUUUUGGCUGUUCUUUUAUCAAAGGAACAACCAAAAGGGAUUAAAAAGCUGAGCACGAUCCGAGUGACCAUGGGGUUCCUGGAGACACAUCUCGUUUUGGGGAUUGUCUUAUUAGGGGUAUUUUCAGAUGUUUCGAAACCUUGGCCGGUUAUUCAUUCGGAUGAAAAGGAAUUUAUUCUCCUACCUCAUUCUGAGUUCACCAUCACUUGCUCCGGAGAGAGGAAAGUGAUAUGGCAUGAGCCUUUGCCCCCCAACAGUGAAGUGCAGUCCGGAUUCAAUCACAGUACUUUGAUAAUCACUGAUGCAGAGGCCUCUAACACAGGAUACUACACCUGUUUGUAUGAUGGUCAACCUGAAAAAGAGACCGAAAUCUACAUUUAUGUUCAAGAUCCCGAGGUUCCAUUCGUGUCGGAUCCUUCCGUUGAGACGGAUGAAAUAGGCACAACUAUCCCCUGCCGUGCUACAAACUCCAAUUAUCAAGUGAUUCUCAGAAACCUGCAGAGUGGGGAUGAAGUCUCUGCGCUUUACGACCACAAAAUUGGCUUUUUUGCAGUCUUUUUUGCACCGGGUCGCUAUGUCUGCGAGACGAACGUGAAUGGCAAAGCGGUGCAGAGCAUCGUUUAUAACGUGACAAACGACGAGGAUGCCAAAGAUGAUGACGAUGAUGAUUAUGAAGAAGAAGAAAAGAGCUUCAACAUAAAUCUGAGUGCCAGCAUGGAGGACGUGAAAGAGGGGGAUGCUGUCAAUCUGACCUGCGAGACGCCUCAUGGGAAAGCUUUCCACCAGCAGUGGCUGCAUCCCCAAGUGCAGGCCAGAGAUGCUGUUCCAAUGAAGUUAACAUUCCCAGACAAGGUUCAGUACAUCCUCAGCAUCCCGAAAGCCUCUGUGGCAGACACUGGACGUUAUGAGUGUGCUGUUACCAACCAAAUCACUGGAAAAACCAAGUCCCUCAUCCUGGGAAUCACGGUCCACGAAAGCUCUUUUGUGGAAGUAAUAUCUAAUGGGAUCGGGCCAGUGGAGAUCGUGUCGCUUCUGGAGGAAAAAGAGUUCACUAUUUACAUUGAUGCUAACCCUGAGCCAAAAGUCAGGUGGUUUAAAGAUGAACUCGAGCUGGAUGACAGCUACAUCUCCACCAAGACCACUCAUCUGGAAGGCCUCAGGUAUGAGAAUAUUCUGGUUCUCCGUCACCCCAUAGAGGAGGACAGUGGCAUCUAUGAGAUUGUUGCAUCCACUGGUUCCAGGACCUCAAGAUUUUCAUUCAAACUGCUAGUUGAAGCCAUGUACCCAGAGCUGCCACAGUCGGUGCUGGCUCCAGUCAUGUGGCCCCAGAGGGACAGCAUGGAGGUGUCUCUCCACUCCACUUUCCGACUCACGUGUCGAGGUCAGGCUGAGCUCACCUGGUACAGUCCUGUUUAUCUCCACGAUCAGAUCGACACUGAAAAAAAAGGACUCUUCAUCUCCACUGUGACUGUGAGCAAUGCGACGGCCGCCCAUACAGGAAAAUACAUCUGCUUCUAUGACUCCAGCAACAACACUGAGGAGACCUCCAUCUAUAUUUAUGUGCCAGAUCCAGAAACGCCGUUUGUGCCGUCCAUGAUGCCUUUUGAAAACCAUGUACUGACGAGUCAUGAUGAAAUGGAGAUACCCUGCCGCGUGACGGACCCCAGCGUCAGCGUCUCUUUGAUUCACGUCGAGACCAAUCAGGUUCUGCCCAGUGUCUAUGACAGCAAGAGAGGAUUCAUUGGCCUAUUCAGUGCUGGGACAUAUGUCUGCAGGACCAUCAUUAACGGACAGACACAUAACAGCAUAGAUUACAUCGUUCAUGGCUGGACAGGAGGGUCUGAUGUGCAAGUCGAGCUGCAAGCAGAGAAGAAAGCUCUGCUGGUGGGUGAGACCAUCACUGUUGACUGUGUAGCCAGAAACAGUGAGAUACUGGAGGACCACUGGAAAUACCCCGGGAAGCUGGCGGGUCGAGGAAUAAAGACCGUAAAGGAGAAUAAGCGAGAUCUUGAGAUCCAUUACACUCUGACAGUGGCUAAUGCCUCACCGAAAGACAGCGGCGUCUACGCUUGCUCCAUCACCGAUGUUAAGAGCAACGAGAGCCAAACCAAACAGCUCACUAUUACAGUCUAUGAUCAUGAGUUCGUGCACAUAAGUCCGGCGAUCGGUCCAGUGGAGACCACAAGGCUGGACGAGGUGCGAGAGUUCAGGGUGGACAUACAGUCUUUCCCCGCUCCCAAAGUCACAUGGUUAAAGGACGGAUCGGUCCUGGGAGAUGUUGCAGCAGAAAUCACCACCAGCCUCCUAAAAAUCGAUGAGACCAGUUACCAGGGUGUGCUGACCCUGAUCAGGGCUAAAGCAGAGGACAGUGGGAACUAUACCAUCAGGGCAGAAACAGGCAGCCAGACUGCCAGCAACAGUUUCUACCUCCAGGUUAAAGUUCCCCCUGUGAUUGUGGACCUGAUGGAUAUCCACCACGGCUCUGCUGCAGGUCAGGAAGUGGUGUGUAUUACUGGCGGCUCCCCUGCCCCUGAUGUCGACUGGUAUAUCUGCAAAAACAUUAAACAAUGUGCCAACGAUUCCUCCCAGUGGAUGCCGCUUCCGAUCAACUCUACGGACAUCAAAGUGGAAGUGCAAAUGGAUGUGGACAACAACAUUGAGAGUCACAUCAUCUUCCACCAUCUUGAGAGCACAAUUGCUGUGCGCUGUCUGGCCAGGAAUGACAUGGGCGCUGUUUCACGAGAGGUCAAACUCGUGUCGAAUGGUCCUCACUCGGAGCUCACUGUGGCUGCUGCUGUUCUGGUGCUGCUGGUCAUUGUCAUCAUCUCACUCAUUGUGCUGGUCAUUAUCUGGAAACAGAAACCACGUUAUGAGAUCAGAUGGCGUGUGAUUGAAUCUGUCAGUCCGGAUGGUCACGAGUACAUCUAUGUUGACCCCAUGCAGCUUCCAUAUGACUCCCGCUGGGAGUUCCCUCGGGAUUCACUUGUACUGGGUCGUGUCCUAGGCUCAGGAGCAUUUGGGAAAGUAGUGGAAGGCACUGCUUAUGGACUCAGUCGUUCUCAACCCGUGAUGAAAGUGGCAGUGAAAAUGCUUAAACCAACAGCACGCUCCAGCGAGAAACAGGCUUUGAUGUCAGAGCUGAAAAUUAUGACCCACCUGGGCCCUCACCUAAACAUUGUCAACCUUCUGGGAGCAUGCACCAAAUCAGGACCAAUCUACAUUAUCACAGAGUACUGUUUCUAUGGCGACCUAGUGAAUUACCUGCAUAAGAACAGAGAUGGGUUUCUCAGCCGCCACACAGAAAAGGGCAAGAAAGAGCUAGACAUCUUUGGCAUCAACCCAGCUGAUGAGAGUAGCAGGAGCUACGUCAUCCUGUCUUUUGAGGGGAAAGGUGACUACAUGGACAUGAAGCAGGCAGACACCAUGCAGUACGUCCCCAUGUUGGAAAUGAAUGAAGCCUCAAAAUACUCCCCCAUCCAGAGAUCAGACUAUGACCAUCCUCCAUCUCACAGACAGCUCAAUGAGAGUGAAGUUGAGAACCUUCUCUCAGAUGACACCAGUGAAGGCCUGACGACAGUGGACCUCCUCAGUUUCACCUAUCAGGUGGCUCGAGGGAUGGAGUUCUUGGCCUCUAAGAACUGUGUACACAGAGACUUGGCUGCACGUAAUGUCCUGCUGUCUCAAGGCAAGAUAGUGAAGAUCUGUGACUUUGGACUGGCCAGAGACAUCAUGCACGAUAACAACUACGUCUCCAAAGGAAGUACUUUCCUUCCAGUGAAAUGGAUGGCCCCUGAGAGCAUCUUUGAUAACCUGUACACUACACUCAGUGAUGUCUGGUCCUAUGGCAUCUUAUUAUGGGAGAUCUUCUCUCUUGGAGGGACUCCUUAUCCAGGUAUGAUUGUGGAUUCCAGCUUCUACAACAAGAUCAAGAGUGGAUACCGAAUGGCAAAACCCGAGCACGCUUCCAGUGAUGUCUAUGAGCUUAUGAUGAAGUGUUGGAACAGUGAACCAGAAAAGAGACCAUCUUUCCACAGCCUGAGUGAUACGGUGGCCUCUCUGCUGCCUUCAGGAUAUAAGAGGUGCUACGAACGCGUGAAUCAUGACUUCCUGAAGAGCGAUCACCCCGCUGUGACUCGGGUGCAGUGCGUUGACAAUGAUGAUGCAUACAUGGGUGUGCUCUACAAGAACCAGGGCAAGCUGAAGGACCGCGAGAGUGGCUUUGAUGAACAAAGGCUGAGCUCUGACAGUGGUUACAUCAUUCCUCUGCCGGACCUCGACCCGCUGUCAAAUGAAGACUACAGCAAGAGGAACCGCCACAGCUCUCAGACGUCAGAAGAAAGCGCAAUAGAGACAGGCUCUAGCAGCUCCAUGACGAAGCGCGAGGGAGAGACGCUAGAGGACAUCACCUUGCUGGACGAGAUGUGCUUGGACUCAGGAGACCUGGUGGAGGACAGUUUCCUGUGAGCAGAGAAAAGAGAGAGAGAAACAUUCUUCUGAUUCAUUUCAAGUUCACAGAGCUCUCUCGGCGUCCUUCUGCCACAUUUUCCUCACCUCACUUUAUCGGAGCCUUCAGAAAAAAGCAAAACCUUUAAUGCGUGAAUGUCAUCGA